CCAGCAGCAUCCCGGGAAUGCGGAGGGGGCGUGGUCUGUGAGCUCCGCCCCUUCUCGUAUAACACCUCUAGUGGUUCCGGUAACACGGGGAUAGACAUGGCAGCGGUGACCAGAUUGCUCUCCGGCUCCCGCUGCCUCCUGGCCCGGUCCUGGAGCGGUAUAUCCGCGGUGCGGCGGCCGCUGAGAGCGGCGGGAGGAGGGUUCCCGGGGGCGGCGCGUCUCUUCAGCUCAGAAGACAAAAUUAAAGUGACGUUUAUAAACCGGGAUGGAGACGCCAUUGUAGCGGAGGGGAAGGUUGGAGAAUCCCUCUUGGAUCUUGUUGUAGAAAAAAAUUUAGACAUAGAUGGGUUUGGAGCCUGUGAGGGGACGUUGGCCUGUUCUACUUGUCAUCUCAUCUUUGAGGAUCAUAUAUUUCAACAACUGGAGGCGGUAACAGACGAGGAGAUGGAUAUGCUGGAUCUCGCCUAUGGACUCACUGACACGUCAAGACUGGGCUGCCAAAUCUGCCUCCGGCCGUUCAUGAAUGGCAUGACUGUGAAGGUCCCUGAGGCUGUGGCCGACGUGCGACAAGCAAUGGACAUGGGAAAGAGUUCUUGAAAUAAGCCAAAUGUGAUUCUGAUGCAACUUAACUUUUGACUUUUUUUUUUUUUUUUAUAUAUCAUAGUUCUUAAUCUCGUUUAACCCCUUAAUGACUGAGCAUUUUUCCGUUUUUGUAUUUAAAUUUUUUCCUCCUUACCUUUUAAAAAUCAUAGCCCUUUCAAUUUUGCACCUUUUUCACCGCGGUCGGUCCCGAACAGCACCACUGAGCUAACUGGCAAUGUUUACUUUAGUUUUAGACGCGGCGAUCAAGUUUAAUCGCCGCGUCUAAAAGGUUAAUGCCGGACAUCAGCCCAAUCGGCGAUGUCUGGCAUUAGCUGUGGGUCCUAGUUGCUUAUAGCAACCGGGACCCACCUGGUAUGAUGCGCACGUUAAUGAAUGUCCAUUUGAGGCAAGGGAUUAAUAAGGUAUUUUAUUCUGUAGGACACCAGUUAGCAAAAUGUAGUUUUAAAAUUUGCCUUAAAGGGGUACUCCACUGCCCCAGCAUUCGGAACAUUUAGUUGCGGGGGUUGUGACGUCACAACAUGUCAAGCCACGCCCCUCAAUGUAAGUCUAUGGGAGGGAGCGUGGCGGCAGCCACGCCCCCUCCGAUAGACUUGCAUUGAGGGGUGUGAUGUGAUGUCACGAGGGCGUGGCGUACUUUGCCCCUAGACAUGUUAUCUGUCUGGAUCCCCACGAUCUCCAGGUCAGCGAUUCGGCAUUCAUAAAAGCAGAAGCCUGGGGCUUCAGUCACGCCCCCUCCCAUAGACAUGAAUGGAGGGGGCGUGGUGUGGCAUCACUAACAUAGAAGCCCUAGGCUUCCGUGAAGUGCCGGCCCAGCAGCCGGACCCCCGUGAUCAUACCUGUUAUGCCCUUUGUAUAGGGCAUAACACGUCUAGGGGCAGAGUACCCUUUAAAGUGUUUUUUUUAUUUUAUUUUUUUUCCUACCCUGCACAUACAGGUUUUUUGUUCUUUUUGUGAGUCCAGGCCAAAAAUUGUCGUCAUAUCUCCUGAUUUGCUCUGCACAUGUGGAUAACCUAUAUCUGUGCUAACGUUACAACCUAUAUAGAUAGCAAUGUUAGUGCUGCAUAUGGGGUGUGUAAGAUACCUCAACAGUGCUCCGUUACCUAUAGAUGGGCAGGCCUGAGAACAGAACCGCAGCGUGUCUGAUUGUACUCCCCAUGGGAUAGACUUCAUGUAUGCCCAGUAUUGAAGAGAUGCAUUAACAGGAACAUUAAAGGGAUUGUAUGAGAUUACACUAAAGGGACUAUUACAACAUUUCCCAAUCAGUGCUCCUCCAGCUGUUGCAAAACGACAACUCCCAGCAUGCCCGGACAGCCUUUGGCUGUCCGGGCUUGCUGGGAGUUGCAGUUUUUCAACAGCUGGAGACAGUCUUUGAAAAACACUGCUUUAAACCAUACCCCCCCCCCCCCCCCCACACCUAUUCCAACCAAACAGGAAUUGAUACUGGAAGUUGUUUUUCGACAGCUGGAGGCACACUGGUUGGGAAACACCGGUCUGUUGUAAAGCUAUUGAAUGCGACUGUUGGUUAUUGCGGCCAAGCCGUAUUCCUUUUUAAAGGAAUUACAGAUACAACAUAUGGUCCUAAGUGGCGCUGUUUCUAGGAGGGAAAAAAAUAAAGUGGAGGUUGAAUCUCUAUUUAAAAAAUAAAUAAAACUUUAGUUAAAGGGGUUAUCCAGGAAUCAAAAAACAGACCUAUU